GACGAACGCGUCUCAGCAAUGUCGCGGUGGCUCGCUGGAAGGAGCGGUGCUCGCGACCGGAGCCGGCGGAGGCGGCAAGCUGCAGCCUCGCCAGGGCAGUCUACGCCCCGCGCCCCGCCAGUUUGCCGGUUGCGGCGGCGGAUGGCCAACCGACCGCCACGAAGGAGCGCGCCGGCACCUUGGCGCGAGUGUGCGCCGCCACGUCUGAAUUCUCUUUGGGGAGCUUGACGCUGCAUCGCGGGAGAUGCGUCUCCGGAGUGCGCCGGGGCUUGGUGCGCUUCACUGCGAGGCCCUGCACCAACCGCCCCUCGCCGCCUGCAAGGAACUCGCGGCCGCGUUCAACGGGAGCAUCGGCGACGGUGGCGCUCCGGCUUCCCGGGAAGUGGGCAUUGCAAUUGUCCCACUCCUCAAGCCUGGGAAGCCGGGCAAAUGAUUCCGCCGCGGUUCGGCCAGUCGCCCUCACCAGCUGCCCGCGCAAGCUCGUGGAAAGAAUUGUGGCACGACGCAUCCGCGGCACAGUUGAAGCCCAACUUCCUCCCCAGCAAGCUGGUUUUCGCCCUGGUCGCUCCACGCUGGAUCCGUUAGCUCGCCUGCUUGCUCGGACAUUUCACUGUGGCAAGCGGGGGAAGGUCGGUGCGGUGUUGGUGGGUCACGCUGGGGCCUUCGGCUCGGUUUAUCGCGGCCGCAUCCUUCACGCACCCGCGCGCACAAGGUGGCGCCGUGCCUGA